AUGGCAUUCUCAUCACAGAGUGGUUUCUAUAUUUCUGGGUUGGAUGAGAUUACACUUGGCUCCAAAUCCAAAGGGGAUUAUAGGUUUUGUCCCCCCUUCAAUUCUUCACAAUGUAAGGAUUCAAAUUCAAGAGCUUUUCCUGUGUUGAGUUGUGAUUUCUUGGGCAAACCCAUUAUUGUCUCAGAUCAAAAGGGUUUUGAGCAUUGGAAGGUCAAAACGCCAAGCGAUUUCUCUGUUCAUGCUCAAGCAUCUAUCUGUGUAAGCCGAGCUAUGAAAUGGUGGGAGAAGACCCUUCAUCCCAACAUGGUGGAGAUCCAUUCUGCUCAAGAACUUGUUGAUUCCUUGAAGAACGCUGGGGAUAGAUUGGUUGUAGUUGACUUCUACUCACCUGGAUGUGGAGGUUGCAGAGCUCUCCAUCCCAAGAUCUGUCAGCUGGCUGAAUUGAACCCAGAUGCAAUUUUUCUUAAAGUUAACUAUGAGGAGCUCAAGACUAUGUGUCAUGCCCUCAACAUUCAUGUGCUACCGUUCUUUAGGUUCUACAAAGGUGCAGAAGGUCGUGUAUGUAGCUUCAGCUGCACCAAUGCCACUAUUAAGAAAUUCAAAGAUGCAAUGGCAAAACAUGGGACUGGCCGUUGUAAUCUUGGGGGCCCAGCAAAAGGUUUAGAUGAAUCUGAGAUGUUAAAGUUAGCUUCAAUAGGUGAAUUAUCAACAACAUCAUCAUCACCUUCCAUCAAGGAAGAAAGAGUGGAGGAUCUAGUCACAGAAAUUAUAGAUAUGGCUGGUGUUUGGAGCAAUGCAAACCAUAAUAUAGAGCUUCAAGAAGAAAGUUCCAUGGUGAAAGUUUAA